CGGAAGCUUCCAUAUGUUGAAUGCAUGUCAGCGGUGACAGAGGGUAGUGUUACCAAACAUGAUCAAGUAACAGUUUCCUGACAGGCCGCCGCACCGUCUCCUUACACACAGCUACGAGUUCAUUUUUUUCCACAUUUACAUCGUUUCUGCUUUGUAAGUGCUAACUUCUCCUGCUUGCUAACCGCGUCUCGAUUUAAAAUACGCCGGUGGUGAUGGACGAGCUGCUCUCCAGACUCUUCUCCUCGGAGGAAGAGGAGUCCCAUAUGUUGGACUGCAUGGCUCACUUCAUGGUCUUCAUGGCGGCCUGCACCCUCGUCACCCUGCUCUUUGAAAACGUCCCGUACGGUCGAUAUGCAUCCAGCAAAUAUGGGUUCGCAGUCAAUGUCAAAUUUGCCUGGUUUAUUCAGGAGCUGCCUGCUUUCCUGGUGCCGCUGGCUCUGCUGUUGUGGACAUCCUCGUCCAAAACCUCCCUGCUGCCCAACCAGCUCCUACUGGCAAUGUACUUCUGCCACUACACUCAGAGAUCCCUAAUUUAUCCGUUUUUAAUCCGAGGGGGUAAAUCGACACCGUUUGCUUCGUUUGCCCUAGCCUUUGUCUUCUGCGUCUAUAAUGGCUACAUGCAGGUCAGGUACCUGAGCCAUUAUGCUGAGUACCCUGCAGAUUGGGUUACACACCCCUGCUUCAUCGCAGGGUCUGGGCUGUGGUUGGUCGGUUGGCUGGUAAAUGUCCACUCUGACCACAUCCUGAGGAACUUGAGGAAUCCAGGAGAGACUGGUUACAAAAUUCCCAGAGGCGGCGUGUUUGAAUACGUGUCUGGAGCCAACUUCUUUGGAGAGAUAACAGAGUGGGCAGGCUUCGCUCUGGCUGGCCACUCUGUCCACAGUGCAGCCUUCGCCAUCUUUACCCUGGUCGUCCUCACAAGCAGGGCUGUGGCCCACCACAAGUGGUACCUUGCCAAGUUCGAUGAUUACCCUAAAUCUAGGAAGGCUUUGAUACCCUUUGUGUUCUAAAAACACUACAGGUACUGGAAGUUAAAAGUUACUGUUUGCCUCUGAACAGUUCAGUUUCCUCACUGCUGCACUACGCAGUGACACAAAUACCCACUCCACAGAUGUUUACAGUAGCUGCGAGGAACAGUGUGAUAAUCUCAAGAGAAACCUUACCUCAGUCACAUUCUCUCCCCGAUUUAGAAAAGCUCUCAUGUCAAAGGAACUUCGAAAAUACAAAAUCUGAUCUAAAACAGAUUGAACGACAGGUUGAACACUUGUUUAAGUGUUUCAUCUCAACUGAGAGCGAGCAACAGUUGAAAGCUAUAAUCUUAAUGAGAUUUUUUAUUGUUGCCAUUACAUUGGUGAUUAUUUCCACAAUGGACCAAAUAGCCUUACUUCCCUCAUCCAUGGACUGAAUGUAACCAUCUGCAGGUCGGGCUUCGUUUAACAGUCCUGCAGAGGAAAUAUGAUAGCGAAUGGAGCGUGCCUCACAAGUAAUACAUUGGAUUUAUGUGGUUCUGCGCCGGCAAUAAACAGCUCUUUACAUUUUAAAAGCCUCCACCGAUCUGAGUACUGUCCCAUAUGGAAGUUGGGAUUUGAAUGCAGAGCGAUUGUUUAAGUUUCCAUUCCUCCUCAGGGAUCAUCUGAUCCAGAACGCUGUGGCAGAUCUGCCUGUUUUGUGUUCAUUCAAAUGAAAUAAAUAAGGCGGGGCCACUGAAUAAACUCUGGCCUACUUUUUGUUCUGGGUAUCAUUAGAAUGACUUUUACUUGAAAAGAAAGGUGUGGUCAUUUGAAAAAUGAAGAAAUGGUAUUAAGUAUUUUUUCUUCGCACAGUUUCUACGCAUGCUUUGUAACCCAUAGUCACCCCCAGUUCCUUGUGGAAAGAGUGGGGGGACACCACUGUAAAAAGAAACAAACCUUCACUGGCCAAUCCUGGGUACCAAGCUGCACGGAAAGGGAAAUCAAAUAGAGCUCGAGCAUGGCUCUCAAUAACUCAUUCAUGCCUGAAAUGAGAAGAAUGGACUGUUGCCCUAACACAUCACUCCUGUCAGGCUUUCCAGGGACAAACACAGACAAUCAGAGAGAGUGCUGGUGAAGAAAUGAAAGGGGAAAAGUCUGUGUGUGUCUGUGUGUGUGUGUGUGUGUGUGUGUCUGUGUGUGUCUCUGUGUGUAUAUGUAUAGAGGAGAUUGUGGGAGUAUGCGGGAGGUAGCGAUACUUAAAAUGAAGAAUGGAGAGAUAAGACGGCAAGUUUAAAGAGUGGCACAGCAGAUAAAACUAGAUUCAGAGGGGCAGUAUAGAUGAGAAAAGGCUGCAAUAAAUAUCAGUCUUAAUAAAUGUUUAAGUCUAGUAUUGACGUUUUACAAUAUACUUUGUUUUUCUCAAAUCGGUAAAAGAAUCUGCCAGUGGUGCAAGAUCAUUCACUUGCUUUCAAAGUCUCAGGAUUUGUAAUGAAUUAAACAUUAUUUUCAUAAUAGUGAAGAGUUCUACCUUACUCUGCCUGCUUUCUUAGGACUUGUUUCUGGGGGAAAAAAUCUGCAUUGGCAACAAGUGUAAAUAUCCCACCUCACUUGAGGAAUUUUUCACAUUAUAAAAGGAAAAAUUUUGAUUAGGAAAACAAGACUGAAUCACUUGUUAAUAAUGGAUUGUACUUUUAUUUUUGCAGUGUAGCCAGGGGUUUUGUGGUAGAGCUCCCCACAGAGUACUUUGCAGGGCUGGUUACUAUCUCCUAAACUCUCACACCACCUCUCCUACUUUUUCCACUUGUUCCCAUCCCCACAGGAAGGUGUUUUCUAACAGGAACCAUGAGAAAAAUCAGAUCAUUUUUAUCAAUAAAUAACUGAAUUGCUGUGUAUGUGAGUGUGUGAUGAGAAAUGAAGGUCGUGGGUUGCUGAAGGCUAUGCAGAGUUACAUCCUUCAUGUUAGAGCCCCUUACCACCCACCCACCCCUCUCUUAGGCUCCCUCCUCUUUACAUCAUCUUUAUCCAUGCCCCUUGAAAUUGCACCAUUGCAUUAUACGAGCACAAGUCAGUACAGUCUACGAUACUAUUCAUUUCCAGGCAGAGACCACACAAGGAAGCGAGACUGACCCACAGGCCUAUGUAUUACUGGCAUUAUAUUAAUUUGUUGUUAGGUGAUAUAACCCUGUAAAUGUAAUAAUGUGGGUUAGAUUUCUGAAACAUGCAGCAACAACGUCUCCUUCAUUACCAUUCAAGCUGCAUGCAGCCUCAGACAGCUCCACCGCUUUCUAAAUAUCAUCCUCUUUUUGUUUUACGCCCGCGAGCAUGCCUUGUCUCUUCUUUCACUUCAGUAUGUUAGCUCUCUCUGUGUUGAUAUACAUGUGUGAGUGUGUGUGUGUGUGUGUGUGUGUGUGUGUGUGUGUGUGUGUGUGUGUGUUUCAAAGGCAUCUGUCAGCUAUGGUCCAGUCAUCACCAAUGUGGUAAUCCCACAAAAGCUGACAAUGAGGCAAAGCAGCCCUGAAAGCCCACCCCUUCCUCUCCAACACACACUCACACAGUCUGAGCAUUUGGCCUGAGGAGAGGCUGUAAAAUGUAAGAUUAUGAUCCAAGCCUUAAUGCCACAUAGAGGAGUAACCUAUUGAGUCUGUGAAGCUAGUGUGGGUCACUCUAAUGCCCUUGUUUCAUCCUGGCAGAGAGAGAGAGAGAGAGGAGCUUUUAUUUCUACAGGCGUACAGUGGGAGGGAACAGCUGUGUGUAUGCCUAAGUGUUUUACAGAGAGUCAGAGAGUGAGAGUGCUCUAUCCUAGCUGACACACAGCUUGCUCUGGGGGGUUUUCCUUGACUCUGUCACAUGCUGCACGUGAGUAAGGGGGGGUGGGGGUGGACAUUAUGCAAGAAACUCUCCCUCUCUCUUUCUCUUUCUCUCUCCCUCUCUGUUUUUCUUUUACAUGCAUACACAUUGCAGGAGGUGCCGAUUCUGCUGCCGUAGCCCCGGCUCCAGCUUGCCUCCGCUCCAUCACAGAGCUUAAUGGGCUGGAAGAUGGCCGUUACCAGGGCCUGAUUGCAUACACUGUCUGCAAUGAUCAACACCUCCUGCUGUGCAUGGCAAACUGCCCUCCCCCCUAUCUUUAAUGAGCGUCUCGAUUGAGGAACAGCAGUGCAAAUAUGAAAUAAUAAACAAGGGUGAAAAUGGGGGAGGGGGCUCCAUCUACUCUAAUAUGACUACACGCAAAAAAGUCAACUUGCCACAAUGUGGAGGGGGAAUGAGAGUGUAUCCAGGCAUUUCAAGGGGGUAGAGGUUGUGAUUAUAGCCCCUGGCAACAUUCUGAGAUGCCAGCUGACUACACCAUGUGGCCUCUAUGUAGUGUCUCGUUUUUUAGUAAUAAAUAUGGAAUUAUAUUCUGUUAAAAUGAUUUUGUUGCUGAAUUUUCUUUGUGCAAAUAAUUCAUGUAAUAAUCCAUGUAGUAGCCUGAAAGAGGGCAUCUUAAAUGUUUUUAUGUCAUUGCCCUUCUGAGUGGAUACGCAGGAGGCCACAGACUGCCACACUUAAUAGAAUUUUGUCUCAGGCACUCACAUCUUAACUUGUGUUUCUGGAUAAGAUGUGGCAUUGAACUGGGUAACUGUUUAUACUGUAGGCGGAGAGAAUAAAAAUGCUGACCAAAUCA